AUGAAAACAGAAUCUGCAGCUGAAAGAGAUAAAUGGCAGAGACUUUUCCCUAAAUGGGUUACUUCAUUUAAAAGCUGCUGGCUAAUUUUGGUUGGAUACUUUAAUAGAAGAGGGAAGAGGAAAGGAAAGAAAGGGCUUGAAGAAAGAGGAAGAGAAAAGAAACACAAGGAUGGAGAACAAAGAGAGACCAUUUGUUCUCAAACAGUAGCUGCCACUUCCAGCUGGGAGAGAAAUGAGAGCUCUGUUCAUGGUGAUCCAGUAUCUCCAGAGUGCAUCACCACUGCUGACCUACCACUCCAUGUCUCCAAGUGCUCUGCUAUACCUGCCACCAGCAGCUGCCACCUCCAGACUUUGGAAGCUUAUAAUAAAACCUCUGUUCUAUGAUCUGCCUUCUACUUCAACAUCCUCACUCCCCAUAAACAAUUCUAAUAAACAGCAAUUAAUCUGAAA